AUGGCGCGUCUCGCUUCUAUAACUAUCCUAGGCCUGAUAUUCUCUCCUGCAGUUUGGGCAGUGACGCGACAUUUCAACCUCACAAUCGGCAAUAAGGUCAUUGCACCCGAUGGCUUUGACCGAAGUUCCAUCGUGGUCAACGGCAUAUUUCCUGGACCAGCCUCCAAAGGCGACGAUAUGGCGAUCAGCGUCCAUAACGAAUUAACUGAUCCAACAAUGCGGAGGAGUACAUCUAUCCACUGGCACGGCUUAUUCCAAGCACGAACCUCAGGCAUGGAUGGCCCUUCAUUUGUCAACCAAUGUCCGAUUGCCCCGAACUCCACCUUCUUAUAUCAAUACCCAUUGAAUGAGCAGACUGGGUCAUUUUGGUAUCAUUCUCACUUGUCGACCCAGUAUUGUGACGGCUUGCGUGGGGCAUUGAUCAUCUAUGAUCCGAACGAUCCCCUGAAAUACCUGUACGAUGUUGAUGAUGAGAGUACUAUCAUCACUCUCGCAGACUGGUACCACGAUCAGGCUCCCGAUGCCCAGAAGGGAUUUUUCGAGACUGGAAAGGUCCCGAUUCCUGACGCCGGUUUGAUCAAUGGCGUUGGUAGAUUUGUUGGCGGCCCAGAAGUCCCUUUCGCAGUCAUCAACGUGGUACGCGGAAAACGUUACAGAUUGCGACUGAUUCAAAUAGCCUGCAGACCUUUUUUCACGUUCUCGGUGGACAACCACAACCUCACCGUAAUUGAGCUCGAUGGUGUAGAACACGACCCGGUUGAAGUGCAAAAUGCAGAUAUCUAUGCUGCCCAACGAUUGUCCGUCAUCCUGCACGCAAAUCAACCGGUUGACAACUAUUGGAUCAGGGCACCCGGUACUGGAGGUGUGGGGGGCCCAACAGGCAACCCGAACUUGGAUGUCAGCCUGACGAAAGCUAUCCUUCGCUACAAGGGGGCUCUGGCUAUCGAUCCCGUCACAAAUUCUACACCGGGUUUGAAGAUGAACGAUGCAGACAUGCACCCAAUUGCACAAGUGGGACCCGGAAAUCUUGGAGAUGGCCCCGCCGAUUUUGCCAUUACUCUCAGCAUCUCACAGCCAAACCCCCCUUUCUUUGACAUUAAUGGCAUAUCCUAUGUGUCUCCUUCCGUUCCAGUGCUUCUCCAGAUACUCAGCGGGGCUGCACAACCAACAGACUUCUUGCCUUCCGAGCAAGUAAUAGUCCUACCCCCCAACAAGAUAAUUGAGGUAUCUAUUCCCGGCACAGGAGCGCAUCCUUUCCAUUUGCAUGGGCAUACUUUCGACAUUAUAAGAGUAUCAAAUAGCGACGUCGUGAACUUAGUCAAUCCCCCUCGUCGUGACGUCGUCCCCAGUAAGCGUUUCCGAUUUCCAGUAUCUUCCACCACUUACCUGUUAAACUUUCGGGACCUUUCUCAAGUUAACGGUGGUAACACAACUUUCCGCUUCUUCUCCGGAAAUCCUGGUGCUUGGUUCUUGCAUUGCCACAUUGACUGGCAUCUGGAGGCUGGCCUGGCAGUCGUUUUCGGCGAAGACCCUGCCGGUAGUCUCACAGGGAAUCAAUCGCAAAUUGUGCAACAAGAUUGGUCCGCGCUUUGCCCUGAAUAUAACGGUUUGGCCCCCGAAUUCCAGUGA